AUGACUCUCACUGGUACUCUCAAGGCUGGCGACGACUUCCCCGAGGGCGUCUUCUUCAGCUACAUCCCUCCCACCCCCGAGAUCUCUCAGUUCUCUCAGUGCGGCACCCCCAUUGCCUUUGCUGCCAGCAACGAGUUCAAGACCAAGAAGGUCGUUCUCGUCUCCAUCCCCGGUGCUUUCACCCCCACCUGCUCUGGCUCCCACAUCCCCUCCUACACCGAGCACAUCGACAAGCUCAAGGCCAAGGGUGUUGACCUGGUUAUCGUCGUUGCUUUCAACGACGCUUUCGUCAUGUCCGGCUGGGCCAAGGCCAACGGUGUCACCGAUGACUCCAUCCUCUUCAUGUCCGACAAGGAUGCCAAGUUCUCCCGCAGCAUCGGCUGGAACUUCGAGGAGCGAACUGGCCGCUUCGCCAUCAUCAUCGACAACGGCAAGGUCACCUACGCCUCCGUUGACGAGCACCCCCAGAGCAUCGAGACCUCCGGCGCCCUGGGUGUCCUGGCUCAGCUGUAA